AUGGACAAAGAGAAAAAUGGCCUUCAGAAAGGAAGAUCAUGUUGUGAUGGAUAUUUUUCAAUGAAAUUGCUAAUAGAAAAAUAUAGAGAAUUCAAUCUAAAAACAAAUAUUGUCUUUGGUAACUUCAAACAAGUUUUUGAUAAAGUUGACAGAAACAAAUUGUUACAGAUUCUGGCAGAUGAUCAUGUUCCACAGCAACUUGUAGAUAAUAUAUACAAAAUUUACAGGACAAAUUUAAUCUAUGUCAAGAAUGAGGACAAAUCAUCAACAUGGGGCAGAAUACAUGCAAGAGUACAACAGGGAUAUGGCCUUUCACCACACCUAUUUAUUAUUUAUGUGAAUAAAGUCAUCAAAGAAUGGAGACAAAUGCCAUAUGGCUUCAUUCAGAUCAACAGAAAUACAAAGCUAAAUGCUUUACUUUUUGUUGAUGACAUAGUUCUUGUAGCAUCUUCAGAAGAUGAGCUGCAACGUUUCAUUCGCAAUUUACCAAUUAUAUGGAAGAGAUGCAGCAUGGACAUCAAAACCACAAAAAACAAAAACUAUGGCCUUCUGCAGAAAAUAACCAGUGCAAAGAAGAUCCGCUUGAAAAACAAAAUUCUAGAAAGGAUGAACAUAUUCACAUAUAUAGGCCACAAGAGAACAGACUUAGCUGAAAAGUCUACCACAAUUACAAAAAAUCUGGAGGAAACGUCUACAACAAACAAGCUCAAAGAAGUUCCUAAAAUCCAUGCUACACAUUCACCGCAAUGGCGUAAUAUGGGUAGGUCAACAAAUGAGAAAAGACGGCAGAAGAACUCCUCAAUGAGACCAUAA